AUGACCAAAAAGUCAAAACUAUACGCGUUUGGUUAUAAUGCUUUUCGACAAACUCACCCUGAAAUUCAGGAUGUUAUCAUCAGUUUACCAACUGAUAUAACGGCAUUCACAGACAAAAUAAUUUGGGCUAAUAUUAACGCAACUUUGAGCGAAAAGUCUAUAAAAAAUGGGAAAGAUUCAACUGUAUUGUUAACGUGGGGUUUUGACUCUGUAGAAAACAAGAUAAUUUCACCGACUCGUAAAUCUUGGCAAAGAGUGAAAAAAUGCUUUGGAAAUGACAAUAGCAUCCUAGGUUUUCUUGAUAUUGAUGGAAAUAUUGUCUUCGAAAAGGAGCAUUCGAGAAUGUAUGAAAUUAGUAAUUCUUAUACAAAAAUUGUUGAUGCUUCUCAAUUUUGGACCGGCAAUGUUAUGAUUGUGGUUACAGAUGGAAAAUUAUACAAUUGGGAUAUCGAACAGGCCUCUUCGGAAGAGAUUACACCAACUGACAACAAAAUUGAUAUUGUUUUUACCAAAGUAGUAUGUGGAGAGAAUCAUUGUUUAGCAUUGACUCAAGCAGGACAAGUAUUUAAACUUAAUGAAGGAAAAGAUUUUGGACCUAAUAUAAUAAAGGUUUCUUGUGGAAGUGCUCAUACUGCCAUCGUCACAG